AUGUUCGAGAACCGGGGAUUCUUAUGUCGCCAUGUUUUCAAGAUAUUAGACUUCUUAGGGAGUUCUGUCCAAUACCAGUCCUUGAAGUCCAUACCUGACCACUACAUAUUGAAGCGUUGGACUAAAGGAAUUCGUCCAUCCCUUGAUGCUUUAAAACCCAUCAGUAUUGGAGGUAUUCAAGAUACUACUUUUGCACAAAGAUAUCAACAAGCUUCUGGUGUUAUGCUUCAGAUUAUAACCCGUCAAGCGGAAGAGUUGAUUGUUGCUAAAGGUGUUUCCGGUCAACCUUCAUCUUCCAGGUCUGCAUCUUGCAAAGAUACUAGUGUUGCUGAACCUGUUGUAGUUGAAUCUAGUGGAAAAAAGUUCAAAAAGAGACCCAAUCCAAUCAGGGCUAAGAAACGGCUCAAAAGUGAUUAUGAGUUAGCUAGGGAGAGACAAAGAUUCAUCGCACAGCGUAAGAAACAAAAGAAAGAAGAAGAUGCUGCAAAAUUAGCUUUAACAAUCAACAAUGUUGAUUGA